AUGGCUGAGGCUGAAGGUAGACCACACCGUGAAGCCAAAGCAACGGAAAAGGGACUCUUAUGGCAAAUCGAGAUCAAAUCAAAGGAGUUUGAAAGCCUCAUCAAGACUUGGAGGCGCACAGCAAAUAAACUUCGAGUGCUGCUGGGUGACGAGAGUGCUACCUCGACUAUCCAAGAAACUAGAGAUUGUCUACAGACCAAUGUAAACAAGUUGAUACUGACACAAGAUGAGUUGAUGGCACUUCGUGCCACUGCCAAGAUUGAUGACGACAGUGUCGGUAAACUAGAUGAAGUAGAGGAAGAGCACAGCAACCUGAUGAAACAAACUCUUGAGGUCUUGAUCGCACAAAGAGAAGGAACUGCCUCAUCACGGACUUCGACAAAAAGGUCGAAGAAAUCUCAUGCUGUACGUGUGGUAUCAGAGAAGCAGCAAGAUUGUCAAGAUUGGGUGAAUGGCAUCCGCGACGUUGAACCAGAAACCCACCCGAAUGUAAAUGACCUUCAAGGUGACGCAGUUAAGGUCUUGAUAGAACAGAUGCGGAUGACAAGGCUCCCAUUGCCCGAACCAGUGACAUUUGCAGGAGAUCCUAUGUCCUUUCCUGCGUGGAAGCACGCGUUUGAUGUUUUGAUCCAACAAAGCGGCAUUCAGCCUAUGGAUAGGUUUUUCUACUUACAGAAAUACUUAAGAAGUCAACCUCUAGAACUUGUUCGAGGAUAUGCUCUAGUUGGAAAUGAUAAGGCGUAUGGAGAAGCCAUGACGGCCCUCACCAGUAGAUAUGGUGAUCCCUUCAUCAUAGCAAAUGCCUUUCGCGAUAAAUUGGAACGAUGGCCGAAGAUAUCUCCGAAGGAUGCCAUCGGUCUGAGGAAUCUGUCAGACUUCCUCCAUCAAUGUGUCAGUGCCAUGGACAAGAUUGGCAACCUUCACCACCUAAACGACGAAAGGGAGAAUCAAAAGAUCUUGUAUAAAUUGCCAGACUGGCUCGUUGCACGAUGGUCACGCAAGGUUAUCGAUUGGAGAGAUGUGAAUGGACAGUUUCCACCCUUUCAGAUAUUUGCGAAAUUUAUCGAAGCAGAAGCUAAGGUAGCAUGCUACCCUGUUACCUCCCUCCAUGGCAAAAUCGAUGGACCAUCUAACAAGACGAAGUCUACAUCAGAUGUCAGAACCCUCUCAACCAAUGUGACGUAUCCAAACUCAGGCAGCAGGGAAAGGGAGAAGAGAGUUAAACCACAAUCAUGUUCAUGCUGCAAGAAGGACCACUCCCUACAAGAAUGUACUGAGUUUGCGUCAAAGAACAUGGCAGAUCGUAAAAGCCACAUAAGAGAGAAAGGUCUAUGUUACGGCUGCCUAAAGUAUGGUCACAUGUCUAAGGCUUGUAGGCGACGAAGUACCUGUGACAUCUGCAAAGGACGACAUCCAUCUCUACUACAUGAAAACAGAAAUAGACCAGAACCAAAGAAGGAACUAGAGGUAGAUCCAAGACCCAAUGAAACUCAGUCGUCAUGGUCUCAUGCUUCAUUUAGCCAACACUCUGACGCUGGAUUGACCAUUACGAAGAGUACAAUGAUAGUUCCUGUCUGGCUUUCUCACUCAACCACAUCGGAUGAGCGAAUGAUCUAUGCAUUACUUGACACUCAAUCCGACACCACGUUCCUGCUAGAGAAAACCAAGAAUGAGAUGAAUUUGCAUGGAACUCCUGUAAGUCUCCUUCUUUCAACGAUGUCAGCUAUGGAUGAAAGAGUACCAAGUGAACGCAUUGAGGGUCUUUCUAUCAGGUCAUUUGAUGGAGAACAGAGGAUAGCUUUACCAUCAACCUAUACCAGACAGUUCAUACCAGCAAAUCAUGAUCACAUACCCACUCCAGAGAUGGCGACCAGUAUCCCUCACCUUUCCAAGAUUUCACAUAACCUAUUGCCCUUACAAGAUUGUGAAAUUGGUUUGUUGAUUGGGUACGACUGUGCUAGAGCCCUCAUACCAAGAGAUGUCAUUCCUCCUGAUCAUGAUAGGCCUAAUGGUCCAUAUGGCCUAAAGACAGACUUAGGAUGGAGCAUUGUGGGUACUGUGAAAGAAAUUGAACACAACUUUGAGGAUGAUCCAGUUGGUGUAAGUCAUCGAUUGACAGCCUGUGAGAUUCCUGCUGAGCUAAAAACAGGAAACAAGGAUGUGUUGUUUGCUCAUAACACAUCAGUCAAGGAAGAGAUCACCCCUGCAAGAGUGACAAGAUUGAUGGAAGCUGAUUUCCUUGAUACCAAGGCUGAAGGAGUGGCAUACUCACAAAAUGACGUCAAGUUUAUGAACAUUAUGAGAGAUGAGAUUCACAAAUUAGACGAUGGGCAUUAUGAAAUGCCUUUGCCAUUCAAGGAUGAGAAGCCAAAGUUGCCGAAUAACAGAGUUCUUGCGAAGGGACGACUUGAUCAUCUUGGAAGAAAGUUCAAGCAAAAUGAUGAGUAUCGCAAGAAGUACACCAAGGUAAUGGAAACUCUUCUGGAGAAGGGUUAUGCGGAACCAGCACCAGAUCAUAACACAGAUGGUAAAGUGUGGUAUAUCCCACACCAUGGGGUAGUUCAACCAAAUAAACUGAGAGUUGUAUUCGACUGCAGUGCGAAAUGCAAAGGAGAGUCGUUAAAUUCGCACCUACUCACAGGACCAGACUUGACGAAUAAAUUAGUCGGAGUACUCUGUCGCUUCAGACUGGAUCACAUCGCAUUCAUGUGUGACAUUCAAGAAAUGUUCCACCAGUUCAGAGUCAACUUGGAAGACAGAGAUUAUCUCAGAUUCCUCUGGUGGAAGGAUGGUAAUUACGACGAAGUACCAAAUGAAUUCAGGAUGAAAGUACAUCUAUUUGGAGCAGCCUCCUCACCGGGAUGUGCCAACUUUGGUCUCCGACAAACUGCUUCAGACCAUGCUGCUGAGUUCGGUGAAGAUGUAAGAGACUUCAUUCAUCAAGAAUUUUACGUGGACGAUGGUUUGAAGUCCUUGCCUACAGUACACCAAGCUGUAGAUCUGAUAUCCAGAACCAAGAAACUAUGUGAGAAGGGAGGUCUCCAUCUCCAUAAGCUUGUAUCUAAUUCAAGAGAGGUACUGCAAACGGUUCCAGAAGAAGAUAGAGCAAAGACCGUCAGAGAGAUUAAUCUGCUUCAUGACGACCUACCACUAGAGCGAGCUCUUGGAGUCCAGUGGUGUGUUGAAUCUGACUCGUUUAACUUCAGAAUCACACUUCAGGACAAGCCACUAACCAGACGAGGGAUACUUUCUACAGUUAUGUCUAUUUACGAUCCCUUAGGAUUGUUAGCACCAAUAGUGCUUACAGGAAAGAAGAUUCUCCAGGCACUCUGCAAGCUGUCCACAGACUGGGACGAUCCUCUUCCAGACGAUCUUCGAGUAAAGUGGGAAAAUUGGAGAAAGGACAUACUACAACUUGAAUCCAUCUCAAUCCCUAGGUGCUACAAACCUACUAACUUCAAGUCAAUAAAGUCAAUACAAUUUCACUACUUUACUGAUGCAAGUACCUCGGGAUAUGGUCAAUGUACUUACAUGAGACUAACUGAUGUAAACGAUAAAGUACAUUGUACAUUAGUAAUUGGAAAAAGCAGGGUGGCACCCUCGAAGUCUGUAACAGUACCUCGCCUGGAAUUGACUGCUGCUGUUGUCGCCGCUAAGGUUAAGAAAUUUCUGGAAGCAGAGCUUAAAUUUGAUGAUGCAGAACAUGUGUUCUGGACUGACAGCAGAGUCGUGCUUGGCUACAUAAAUAACACUGACAAACGCUUUCACGUAUUUGUAGCCAACAGGAUUCAACAGAUCCGGGACUUUUCCAGACCUUCAGAGUGGAAGUACAUUGAGUCAAAAAAUAACCCUGCUGAUGAAGCAUCCAGAGGUCUAACAGUUAAUCAGCUAAAUGACUCAAAAUGGCUACAUGGACCAAAAAUGCUAUGGGAACAGUCAAUUCCCACAUAUGAAGUUAAAGAGACAUUCGAUGUUCUUCCCAAUGACCCAGAGGUGAAAAGGUCUCAAGUACAUGUCUCUCAAUCCAGAGAAGAUGGGUUCGACUUGCACAGACUUCAACGUUUCUCUAGUUGGCUUGUAGCAAGGAAGGCUGUUGCAUAUUGCCUGAUAUUCAUCUCACGUUUGAAACAACGCUGCAGAGAGAGACAUGCCAAGAAAGCAAAGGACGAUCCAUUAACCAAGGCUAAUGUUGCAGUGCUGGAUCUCCAUCAAGCAGAGAUUGAAAUUCUGAAGCAUGUUCAAAGAGAAGCAUUUGGAGAUGAAAUCCAGAUUCUGAAAUCUAUCCAAAAUGAUCAGGGUCUUACUGAAAGAAAGAGGAAGCGUCAGAUAAAGAAAGCUAGCCGUCUCCAUGGUCUAGAUGCCUUCCUAGAUAAAGAUGAUAUCCUGAGGGUAGGAGGACGGAUUCGAAGAGGUGAUGAUUCGUACAUAAGGAAGCAUCCCGCAAUCCUUCCUCAAAGCCACCAUAUCACAGAAAUAAUUCUUCGUCAUUGCCAUGCAUUGACAGCACAUCAGGGUAGAGGCAUGACGCUAAAUCAAAUCAGAGAGAAUGGAUUCUGGGUUCUUGGAGGCAGUAAUCGAGUAUCAAAACUCAUACGGAAAUGUGUCAUAUGCCAGAAACUACGAAGUCCAACUCAAAUCCAAAAAAUGUCAGAUCUUCCUUCCGACAGAGUAACAGAGGCUCCACCAUUCACAUAUUGUGGGAUGGACUGUUUUGGACCUUGGAUGAUUAAGGAAGGUAGAAAGGAUUUGAAGAGAUACGGUCUUAUCUUCACAUGUAUGGCCUCUCGGGCGGUACACAUCGAGACACUCAACAGCUUGACUACUGACUCAUUCAUUCAAGCAUUUCGUCGUUUCACAGCUCUCCGAGGACCAGUUCAACAACUAAGAUGUGAUAGAGGGACAAACUUCGUCGGAGCGGAGGCAGAACUAAAAAGGGCCUGGCAUGAAAUGGAUCAUCAGAAGGUAAAGGACUGCCUUCUCAGUGACGGAUGUGAUUAUGUUCACUUUAUCUUCAACGUUCCCUCUGCCAGCCACAUGGGAGGAGUAUGGGAGCGGCAGAUACGCUCUAUUCGCAGUGUUCUAGAUACUCUCCUGUACCAAUCUGGAAGGCAGCUGGAUGAUGAAUCACUACGAACCUUGAUGUGUGAGGCUGCAGCUAUCAUCAACAGCAGACCAUUGACAGUAACUCAUCUCAAUGAUCCAACGUAUCCAGCACCUCUGACGCCAAACCACCUCAUAACAAUGAAGUCUAAAGUGUUCCUUCCUCCCCCAGGAAACUUCCAGAAUGCAGAUAUCUACUCGAGAAAGCGAUGGAGGAGAGUACAACACCUCAUUAAUGAAUUCUGGAGUAGAUGGAGAAAGGAGUUCCUUCAGAACCUUCAGGUCCGCCAGAAGUGGACACGCCCACAACGCGAAGCUUGUGUUGGAGACAUUGUCAUUCUGAAGGACAACAAUACUCCAAGAAAUCAGUGGCCCCUAGCGCGUGUUGCCAAACUCCUGCCAUCUGAAGAUGGACACAUUCGCAAAGUGAAACUUACCUUGGGAGACCCCGGAAUAGGUAAUAGUGGUAAGCGUAAAGGUCCUCUUCAAGAAUUAGAGCGUCCUAUUCAUAAACUGGUGUUACUGUUACCGCAAGAAGACCAAUAG